CCCACGGCGGCUGCAGAGGCGCGCGGUUCGCCGCCGUCAUGAGACGUAGAAGGCCCGAGAAGGCGGAGAAGGAGGCGUGUGGCGUGUGGCUGGACGCGGCGGCGCUGAAGAGGCGGAAGGUGCAGACACAUUUAAUCAAACCAGGCACCAAAAUGCUGACAUUGCUUCCUGGAGAGAGAAUACCUAAUAUUUCUUUUACUCAAAGAAGAGGCACUCGGCAGAUGAGUAUUUCGUCCUUUGUCACUUUGCAACCAGGAAUGGCAAAUGAUAGUAACCGGAAGAGCAUUUUCUCUCUCAAAGAAAAUCAGAUCAACCAAGAGUGCAAGAGAACCCAGCCAGACUGUUUGGUCCAGGGAUUGGAGGAUGAUGGCUUGGUUUCACCUUUGGCCACUUCAACUCCUGCAGACAUCCAGGAAGCUGGACACUCUCCUCCAUCUUCCCAGAUUUCUAGCCACCACAGUUUAGAAACACCGUCUUUGACUAUGAUGUCUUUGCCCCAACCUGACAUCCUGAUGGGUGCUGGAUCAAAUAAAGCCUCCCUGGCUUCCUCCUCUACCCAGUAUGUGGAAAGUUCUCGUUUGCUGGACCAAAGAGAGGCCAGGAGGAAAAGGGAAUGGAUUCAUGGAUCUAAGACAAACUGUCCAGGCAUGGGAAGCCACAUCAGACCAUCUAGGGGUAAAUGCUGUCAGCCCUUGGACAAAGCUGAACUGGGAGAAAAGGGGUCUGCCAAGGAAAACAGGCAGGCCCCCGUGCCUCUUCAAACCUGGAGUAGGAAAAAACCACUAUCAGUGACAAAAAGCCCUUGUCUUUCUGUAUUUUCCUGGGACAGUGAAAGGAAUGACAGGGACUCCUGGAGUCAGCUUUUCACUGAGGAUUCCCAAGGCCAGCAGGUCAUCGCUCACAACACUAAAAUGCCCUUUCAAGAUGUAACCAAUGUUAGGAAUCAAGGCUCAGAGCAGUUUCCUGAUAGCCCUCAGGCUCAGUGCCAAGAUGGGCCUCCUGGGUUACACCUGCAGCCAAACCUGCUCUUUACCCAGGACUCUGAAGGUAAUCAGGUUAUCAGACACUAGUUCUAAAUGUUUGUGUGGGUGUAUCUUGAAGUGGCAGAGAUGGAGGGAAGUAGGGUGGGGCUGGGUAAAGAGGAUGGUUUAGGUGAGAGGCCAUGUGGGAUGAAGCGAUUGUCAUUAUGGAACAUUGUUCUCAUGUAAAUAAAGCAAGCAAUGUGUGGUAGGCAUGUUUUUCCCUCAGUAAGAUGACUGACUGGUGCAUUCCAUGAAUGAAUGUGAUGAGGACUGAGACAGCAGGACAGCACUAACCACUCAACCCAUUUCUCAGUUCACAGAGUUCUUCUCAAUUCUCUGUCCUUCAGAGGCCUGGCAGUUUUUGCUCCUUACAGAUAAGUGCUCUUUUCACCUCUGGCUGGACCACUCAUAAGCUUGGGACCAUUAUUCCCAAGUGCAUUUUAAGAGACACCUAUUUCCUCAACCCAGGUGUGUGUGGCUGGUGGUGGGGGGCGUCAAAUGGCAGAUGAUAAUUUUUUUUUCUUUUUUAAAGAUUUAUUUAUUAUGUAUACAGUGUUCAAUCUGCACAUAUGCUUUUAGGCCAGAAGAGAGCACCAGAUCUCAUUACAGCUGGUUGUGAGCUACCGGGUGGUUGCUGAGAAUUGAACUCAGGACCUCUGGAAGAGCAGCCAGUGCUCUUAACCGCUGAGCCAUCUCUCCAGCCCACAUUUUUUUCUUUUUUAAUGGAUAACUAUAUACACUGUUUACCUGGGACUGGAUAGAUGGCUCAGCUGUUAAGAGCAUUUGCUACUCUUAGACCCACAUUUAGUUCCCAGCACCCACAUGACCUCUGUAGGCACUGGGCACACAUGUGCACGCAGACAUGCAGGCAGAAUACUCAUACACAUAAAAUGAAAUCAAUUUUUAAAAAGUUGUUUAUCUUCCCCUUCCCAAAUCUGAGCUAUGUAAUAACCUAACUUUUUUAUUACUCUUCCACGAGAAAGAGGGAAGUUCCACUGGAAAGCUAUGAAUCCUGGUUAAUGUCUGGAAAGCUGGCUCUAGUGGUAAUUCAGAAAGCCACCUUUUAGCUGGAUAUGACAACUUAGGAGACAGGAUCCUCAUCUGUUCAAGGUCAACUCAAAGCUCCAUAGUGAGUACUGGGCCGGCCUGAGCUACAAUGACAUCUGCUCAAAGAGAAAAGGCAACACUGCCGUGCGAGGGCACGUACCACACCAGAGGACAGCUUCCAGGAAUGACUCCUCCUUUAUGCGUGUUCCAAACCCAGGUCGUCAGACUUGAGUGGCAAGCACUUUCCCUUUCUGAGACAUUUUGCCAGCCCAAGUCAACUUUUCUUUUUCAAGACAGGGUUUCUCUGUGUCACCUGGAACUCACUCUGUAGACCAGGCUGGCCUCGAACUCACAAGAUCCACUUGCUUCUGCCUCCCGAGUGCUGGGAUUAAAGGUGUGCAGCAGCAGCAGCACCACCACCACCUGGCCCCAAUUCAACUUUGUGUGAGUGGUGUCACUGUCCUGAAUUCAGCCAAUCACAAAUCUGAUUUUGCCUGUGUUUCUCCCAAAGCACCACUGUUCAUGCAGCAGUUUCAUCGCAGGUGUGACAUCUAAGGCUUAAAUAGCCUCCAGGAUGCAAACCACAGUAAGUUACCAGAUGUAAUUGUUUUUAGUUUUGGGAAAUUUUCUAUGGAAAGGAGGAUGAAACCCCUUAGAAUAAGAUGUUUGGGUGUUUUGUCUGAAUGUAUGUCUGUGUACCUCAUGUGUGCGCCUGGUACCUAUGAGGGCAGAAGAGUGUGUCAGAUCCCUGGGACCGGAGGAACUAAUAAUUGUGAACAGCCACGUGGGUGCUGGGAAUCAAACCUGGUUCUCUGGAAGAGCAGCCAAUAAUCUUGACUUUUGGGUCAUUUCUUUAGCCCUAGGAAGUUUUCUCCUAAAUCAGUGGUUCUCAACAUGUAGGUCAUGACCCCUUUGGGACAGCAUAUCAGAUAUUUACAUUACGAUUCAUAACAGUUAACAAACUUACAGUAUGGAGUAGCGAUGAAGAUAAUUUUAUGGCUGGGGGUCACCACAACAUGAAGAACUGUACUAAAGGAACACAGUGUUAGGAAGGU